UCGUAUUUAUAUACUACCAGAAACGGAGUAGCAAAAACUAAUCAGUUUUCGUCUAAGUUACUGUUUGUUGUACCUCUAACUUUGUAAUUAUGCAUUACACGUGUAAUUAGAUAAAAUGUGCACGAGUAGACAUUUAAUUUUAUGUUUUUUUGUGUGUGCUUCCUUAUUUUUAAGUACACUUAUUUUCGCCAAAAAAUCAGACAAAAAUGAAAAACCUUCAUGGGCGAAAAAAGAUAUCAGAGAUUACAAUGAUGCAGAUUUAGAAAGGUUAUAUGAUCAGUGGGAGGAAGAUGAAGAGCCUUUGGAAGAAGAUGAGUUGCCAGAGCAUUUGCGACCAUCUCCAAAGAUUGAUCUAAGCAACUUGGAUACCUCUAAUCCAGAAAACCUAUUAAAGAUGUCUAAAAAAGGACGAACUUUGAUGAUGUUUGUUUCAGUGUCAGGUAAUCCAAGUAAAGACGAAUUAGAAGAAAUAACAAAAUUAUGGCAAAGUAGUUUGACGAAUAACCAUAUAAGUGCAGAACGGUUUCUUGUAGAUGAUCACAGAGCCAUAUUCAUGUUUAAAGAUGGCUCUCAAGCAUGGGAUGCUAAGGACUACCUUAUAAAUCAAGAGAGGUUAGAGGAGGUUACCAUUGAAAAUAAACCAUAUUAUGGCAAAUACAGCCAAAAGGCAAAAGAAGAAGCCAAUAACAAAUCAUCAGAUUCCUUAAAAACCUCGGAAGAAGCCAAAUCACAGAAAAAAGGCAGUUCUAAUGGUAUUCCGGCUGAUAAACGAAAGAGUGAUGAACUUUGAUUAUGCCAUUUCUUGGAUGUUAAAAGAAAAAGAAAAAACUACAUUAUGAACAAUUUUUUUUAGUACCACAAGUUAGUGAGUGUGUUAUGGAAUUUUGAGGUACAUUAAUAUGUGCUUCUGUAUUUCUUGUAUUCAGAUAAAACAUAUAUUUUUUGAACUAAAAAUCAAUACUGAAAA